UAAACAAUCAUCAAUCAUACUAUAACGACUCCGUAUAAUAGAAUAAAUGAUCUUGCUCGUCACUUGUUCUCACAUCUUCACUGAACAGAACGAAUUUUCAGAUCCCAUUUACCGCCUUGUUCCUGCAUACAUUUCCCCUUGUCAGUUUCGUUGAUCACUGAACCAUCGGUCCCCUUCACACCACCAUGUCUAUCAAAACCCAGCCUGUAUUGACCCUUGAGGGCGCCCGCACAGCGCUGGCCGCCGCAGAAGCUCGCGCAAAGGAGAUAAAUGUCCCAAUGAACAUUGCCAUUGUGGAUAAUGCCUGCCAUCUGAUCGCGUUUGCUCGUAUGGAGGGUGCCAAAGUCACAUCCAUUAGCAUUGCCAUUGACAAGGCAUUCACCGCGGCAGGCCACCGCGCGCCUACUUCCAUCUACAAAGAGAACGUCUGGCCGGGAGGCCCUGCGUUCAGCAUCUGGAACAGCAAUGGCGGCCGCUUCACAACAAUCGCCGGCGGUGUUCCCAUUGUAAAGGAUGGCGUUGUCCUUGGUGCAAUCGGGUGCAGCACAGGCCUGCCCAGCCAGGACGAGGAUGUCGCAACACGCGGAGUCGAGGCCGUCCAGAAGACAUUUUCUACCAAAGCGAAGUUAUAAAAUAUCCAGGCCUCGAUAAGUCUUGCAAUUGAUCACGCAAGGCAAAAGAACAAUCGGCAUACAAUCAUCGGACCGAACACCAUGGUUGCCUUGUAAACCAAAGGAUUUUGAUGCGAAGGGCAGCUUAACGAAUAAUCGAUGAAAUGAAAUCCAUUGGGAAAUUGGAGAGUGGAUAAGAAGGUUCAGAAACUCGUUGGUUUUUACUGUCUCCAGAUAUCAUGCUUCUAUACAGCACAGCACAUAACACCACUGUAAACGCCCGUAAUUGUAUGGAGUAACAAUAUCUACAUAUCUAUGAUUAUUGUGAGGGGCGAUCCUCCGCAACAGAGGUUGAGCUAAACGCAUACCCGCCUCGUAUAGCGCAAAUCAAGGCAAUCUCCAUACCGUGCACAUGAAACGUUCGAUCGCACAACGUC